AUGAGAACGAAGGCAAUUCGAGGAUAUCUAAAAGUUUUUGUUCGAAGUUAUUGGAAUAAUUCUGAAGUAUCAUCUGAUGGAACACACCAUGUUUAUCGAAAUUCAAAUGAACAACUUUAUCAACAACGUUUCAAAUGGGUCCUUCCGUUUCAUUCACCUGGUUUAGCACCUGUUGAAGACGAUAGUGGCUCAUUUCAUAUUAAUGAUCAUGGAAAAGCAAUAUAUUCUCAACGAUAUAAACGUACUUUUGGUUUUUAUGAAGAUAAAGCAAGUGUUCAAAAUGAACAGUACUGGUAUCACAUUUCACCAACAGGUGAUACGUGUUAUAAAAAUAUUUGGCAAUGGUGUGGAAAUUAUCAAUCUGAACGUUGCACUGUACGAGAUUUCAAUCAUCUUUAUUUUCAUAUUGAUCAGAAUGGAAAGAUUGUAUCGGGUCCACAUUCGUAUGCGGGAGAUUUUCGAGAAGUAAACAUUCAAAAUUUUCCAAAUGUGUUGUGUAUUUGUUUUUGUGUUUUGAAGGCAGCUGCAGUGAUUCAAGAUAGUACUGAUGGGCUGUUUUAUGCUAUUGAUAAAUCUGGUCGAAGAUUACAUGAUGGCAAAGGUUAUUUUGAUUUGGAUAUAUAUCAUAAAAACUAUGCUCGUGCUCGUGAUCAAGAUGGCUGGUAUUUUAUUGAUAGAUCUGGAGCAGAUGCCGGCAACGGAUGUCGUUAUUCUCAAAUAGAAAAUUUCUAUAAUGGUCAAGCAUUGGUACAAUUGUUUGAUGGGCGACGAUGUGUGAUCAAUGAACAACAUCAAAUAGUGGAACAACUAAAAGAAUCGCAAACAGAGAAUAUAUCUCAAUUAGAAAAGCUCUCUCAGGCUUAUUGGUCUCCAUUUGCACUUAAAAUUGGUUUGGAGUUGAAGUUGCCCGAACAAAUAGAAAAGAAAGACGUUAAUGAAACAGAAAUGCUUGAACAUGUUUCUAGAGUAUGGAAAGAUUUAGGUUUAAUAAAACAGAUGAAGAAUGGAUUAUCGCUGACAGAAAAAGGUCGAUUACUUUUACCGAACAAUAUUACACGAGAUCGUGUUUUAUAUUGGUUACAAGAUCGUUACUUAAUCAAAUGGUUACCAACCUCAUCACUAACGUCAAAAUAUUAUUCAUCAACUUGUCCUGAUGUAUUUGCUGAAAUAGCUAACGAUCCUGAAUUAAUGAAUUUGUCACAAAGAGUUUUAAGUUCGUAUGCUGAACAAGAUUGGAAAGGCAUCGAAACGAUUCUUCCACUGCAUUCUAACCAGAAGAUUGUCGAUUUAGGUGGUGGUUUAGGAACUCUGUUAAAACAAAUAAUCCAUUCUAAUUUUAAAUUAUCGGCUGAUCAACAUUUCAUUUGUUUCGAUCGUCCAGAGGUUAUUGCUAAAGCAAUUGAACAAAAUCAAUCUCAACCAAGUAAUAUUGAAUUUGUUAGUGGAGAUUUAUUUUUUAGCCACUUACCAAUCGGUGAUUUAAAUAUUCUCUCUCGUAUUCUGCAUGAUUGGCCUGAUGAUAAGGUUCAACAACUUUUAACUCGAAUUCAUGAGCAAUCAUUAGAUAGCUCUCGUUGUACAUUAUGUGUAAUUGAAAGAGAAGUUGAUAAUAUUCGUAGUCAUUCAUUAUUAUCUUUACACAUGUAUUUAUUACAACGAGCACAUGAACGAACACGAUCAGAAUGGAAUAAGCUUUUUGAAUCGUCGGGAUGGUAUGUUCAACAAAGAAUACCGUUUUCUGGACACACAGUAAUGUUAUUAGAGAAAGAAAAAGCAACAUCCACAAUUUCUAUGACUGAAGUUCCCAUAGAAAAAAAUAAUUUAAAAAAAAAUCAAUCAAAGCUUCAAGUACGAAAAGCUGUUAUUCCUAUAGCUGGUUUAGCUACACGAAUGAUGCCACAAAGUUUUGUUCAACCAAAAGUUUUAUUACCAAUUGUUCAAAAAAAUGACACAUGGCAUGUACGUCCAGCAUUACAACUAUUAUUAGCUGAAAUUUUGUCAUCUGAUACUGGCAUAGAACAAGUUGCUUUAAUUACUUCACCUGGUCAACUACAUAUACUAUAUUCUUACUUAAAAUCAAUCGAUUAUCUAUCUACAAAUCAAAUUCGAGUGAUCAUACAAUUAGAACCGUUAGGAUUUGGUCAUGCUAUUUUACAAGCAGAAGAAUUUAUUGACGGUGAACCGUUUUUGGUUGUAUUAGGCGAUCAUUUAUUUCGUUCAAAUGACAAUAAUAAUGAUCGAUCGUGUGUUAAGCAAAUGAUAAACUGUUUUCAUUAUUCUUCCGUCAUUGAUCCACUGUCUAGUUGUUUGACUAGUGUUGGAAUUUGUUCUGAAACAGAAAUUUCUGAGACUGGUCUACUUCAAGGGCAUACUAGAAAUACUGAUGAUCGUUUAUUCAAAAUCACAGAUAUGGCAGAGAAACCGUCAAUUGACAUUGCGCGUCAAAAAUUUGUGCCUUCACGUUCAUUAAAACUGGGAGAAAAUGAAUAUUUGUGUCAAUUUGGUAUUGAUAUUUUGUCUUCAUCAAUUUUUACAAUACUUCGUUCUUUAACAGGAUCACGUCAAGAACUUGGAUUACGAGAUGCGAUGCAACAUAUCCAACAUAAAGGACAAUUAUUUGGUUAUAGAGUUAAUGGUACUCGUUACGAUCUUGGAAAUCCUCAACGGUAUUGGGAAACGUUAAAAGCGUUUGCUGACCCAUCUUUACCAAAAAAGUUUAAUGGAACAUUCUCAGCAUCGAUGUCCGAGCCUCAAACAGACGUUGAUUUCGUGUGGCAUUUAUUGAAUCGAAUACGCUUACCAUCGUCACAUAAACAUUCUGUUCAGUCUAUUUUCUUAUCAGGGUGUCCAGUUUUUGUUUCAAGUGCUCCAGCUCGUUUGGACGUUAUGGGAGGCAUUGCCGAUUAUUCGGGUUCACUUGUAUUGCAGUAUCCAUUAGCCCAACGAACAUUUGCUUUUGUUCAAUCGAAUUUCGAGCAACCAUUAAUAAAAAUUAUUAGUGUACAUUUGAAUGAUUUAAAAAAAAGUUCAAAUAACAAUGAAAUAUCACCAAUGAUUUGGGAAAAAACGUUAUCAAGUGAUAUUUUAUUUGAAUCAAGUUCAAGAUUGAGCACAUAUGAGACCAUACAACAUCGAUUACUUCAAUGGCAAAAUGAUAGAUCUACUAAAUUUGAAGAGGGAGAACCUGUAAACUGGAUUUAUUAUCUCGUUGGUAUAUUACACUCAUUGAUGGGUCAUAAACAACUGAACGGAUCUAUACCAAGAGGUUUCAGUAUUGUUAUUGUUUCUGAAGUCCCAUGUAAUAAAGGUUUAGCUUCAUGUCUUGAUGUGCAACUAAGUGGGAGUGAUUUGGCUUUAUUAUGUCAAAGAGUGGAAAAUCAUGUUGUUAGAAGUGGAUGCGGUUUUAUGGAUCAAAUGACAAGUGUUUAUGCUCAACAAAAUCAAUUUUUAUCGCUUUUAUGUCAGCUACCAAAUCCACCGCAUACCAAUGUUUCCCUACCAUCAGGACUAAGAUUAUUUGCGUUGGAUUCUGGUGUUAAGCGUUCAACAUCAAGUGAUGCCUAUCGCCGUGUACGCACUGCUGCUUUUAUGGGCCAUAAAAUACUAAGUAAAUCUGAUGAAGUUGAUCAGCCAUUUAAUUAUUUAUGCAAUAUUCCACUCUCUCAAUUUAAUGCCCAUUUUCGUUCACGUUUACCAUUGCAAAUAUCGGCUGAAGAUUUUUCAGAACAAUAUGGAGAACAUUCAGAUCCUAUCACAAAACUAUAUAUGGAUGAAAUCUAUCCUCUAUUAAAUGCCACCAAACAUCCAAUUGAAGAGCAUUUCCGUGUCACUACAUUCCAGAACAUACUUAAAUCAUCAAAUAUGUCAUCACCAUUAUUAUUUAAAGAAAAUAUGGAAAUUUUAGGAGAACUGAUGCUCCAGUCACAUUUCAGUUACUCAGCCUGUGAUCUGGGAAGCGAUGAAACCGAUUUGUUAGUCGAACUGGCAAAGCAAAAACAAGGAUUAUUAUUCGGAGCAAAAAUUACUGGCGGAGGUGGAGGUGGAACCGUAGCAAUCUUGGCUUCCGAUAGUGAUGCGGCAUCAAGGGCUGUACAAGAAGUUGUUGAUACAUAUAAAAAAAAGACUAACCGUCUUUGUACAAUUUUCUCAGGUUCUUCAGACGGUCUAACACGUUAUAAACCAAUUAAGUGUUAG